AUGGCUCGUCUAAGCGUCGUCCUCACCCACGUCCUGUCCGUCGCCGGAUCAGCCUUCGACAAGGCGACAAGCCACCCGCAACAACACUCGACAGAAUGCGCGCGCCUCGAGGCUCCCUCGUCUCUGACCUGGCUCUUGCAGGAUCAGCCCUUUGAGCAGGAAGAUCCGUCUGCCUUUUUCUACGUCAACCAAGAUAUUGACGCCUCAGGGAACAAGGCGAACAGGGUCGCGCAGCUCGUGACCUUUGGCGCUUCUCUGGAAGCAGAGCCGACUGACUGUAGACUCGUUUUUGCCAUGCCCGAGGAUUCGGAGAGCUGGGGACUGAUCCAGCGAGAGGGCGCCACCACCCUUCGGGUGUUCAAGGUCCCUGCCGAUGCCACCGACGACGACGCCGUCCGUCAGAAGCGAAACCUUCUCGGCACCGUCAAGGUCAGGCCAGGCACGCAGAUGAUCGACCUGGGCCGGUGCGACGGCGGCGGCAGCUUUGUCUUUGAACUGGCCGACGCAGGACGUAGCCGCGUCGCCUUCCGCCAGGCAUCCAAGCCGGAGGAUGGUUUUGGCGUCUUUAUGGGUAGUGGGUGUCCUAAGAUCCAAAGUAGUGAUCCCGAGGAUCUGUGA